CCCAAUCUUCCUACUUCUGUGGGUGGGUAUUCAUAUUUAAUCAUGAAGCUAGGACCUUUACAGUUUACUAGGAAGGGCUUGUCUGUCGCAAGCACAGCAGCAUGCUUGACCUUCAUCAUCUUUCAAAGUGCAAGUCUUUGCUUGGCAACUACAACUCCUGAACAACUAGCAUUUGCUCUGCGGUGGUUUAUGCUCCCGUUGAAACAUAUUGGUGUUCCAGUAGCUGAAAUUAUCCUGACUCUCAUGCUUUCAUUGAGGUUUAUCAAUCUAGUGUUUGAUGAGGUUCGCAAUGUUGCCUUAGGGAUUGUAUCACGCAGGAUAAAUUGGCAGCAGUUGACAACAAUGGAGACAGUUGACGUUUUGGCCUCCUACAUAAGACGGAUCUUCAAAAAUAUUUUUAGACACGCAGAGCAGAUAUCUCAGGCCAUGAUCGUUAGGGGUUUCAGAGGGGACAGCAACACUCAUAAAAUUUACUUCUUAUCAGGGUCAUCAAUUGGGAUCGCUGAUUUCAUUUCACUGUUUUGCUUGCUUGGUGUCACAAGUGCAGCCCUUUUAUCUGACUAUUUCCUUUUCUAAUACAGUAUAUAAUCUUAUGCUUUCUCCCUGGUAAUUCUUUCCUCAUUUCUAAAUUUGUUUCUUUGUGUCAAAAACUGCUGAGCCGAAAAAAAUUACACUGGAAAAUCUUAAGUAGCAGAACAUGGUUUUUACAGGUUUGCUGCUGAGAUGAAUCAAGCAGUUGUGAGAGCACCUGCUCUUUCUCAUCCAACUUGACCUCAUUUGAGAAAAAUGACAAGAUCAUGUACUUAUUCAAGAAUAACAGAAGUUUAAGUCCCUAAUUCAGUUAAUUGAUUACACUUACUUUCUUGUUUAUACAGUAUCUUGUUGAUACUAUGCAUGUACCCACUGUGUCCUAAUAAAUUGUUCAUUUGACC